AUGAGCACCGGUGAUUUUCUAAAUAAAGGCAUCGAGUUGAUUCAGAAGGCCAUUGAUUUUGAUACUGCGACACAGUACCAGGAUGCUUAUACGGCAUAUUACAAUGGGUUAGAUUAUUUAAUGCUUGCACUAAAAUAUGAGAAAAAUCCGAAGUCUAAAGAUUUAAUUAGGGUGAAGUUUACUGAAUAUUUGAAUAGGGCGGAACAGUUGAAGGAUUACUUAGAAACUGAAGAAGAUAAAGUGAAAAAUAAACCUAAAAGAACGGCUGCAGCUUCUACUGAUAGUGGUAACGGGUCUGGAUCCGAACAUGAUGAUGAUGGUGAGGAUAAGAAGUUGCGAGGAGCAUUAUCUGGAGCCAUUUUGACAGAGAAGCCUAAUGUAAGAUGGGAGGACAUUGCAGGAUUGGAGGGGGCCAAAGAAGCAUUGAAAGAGGCAGUUAUUUUGCCUGUAAAGUUUCCUCAUUUAUUCAGGGGGAAUAGAAAGCCUACCUCUGGGAUUUUGUUAUAUGGUCCUCCAGGAACGGGUAAAUCUUAUCUAGCUAAAGCAGUGGCUACGGAAGCCAACUCAACGUUCUUCAGCAUAAGCUCCAGUGAUUUGGUGUCUAAAUGGAUGGGCGAAUCAGAGAGACUAGUGAAACAAUUGUUCAAUAUGGCAAGAGAAAACAAGCCUUCUAUUAUUUUCAUCGACGAAGUCGAUGCAUUAACUGGAUCUAGAGGAGAAGGUGAAAGCGAGGCAAGUCGAAGAAUUAAAACUGAAUUGUUAGUUCAGAUGAAUGGUGUGGGAAAUGAUUCGACCGGUGUACUAGUAUUGGGUGCUACAAAUAUACCUUGGCAAUUGGACAGUGCUAUUAGAAGAAGGUUUGAAAGGAGAAUCUAUAUUCCCUUGCCAGACUUGGCCGCAAGAACAAAGAUGUUUGAGUUGAAUGUUGGCGAAACACCGUGUACAUUGACCAAAGAAGAUUAUAGAACCUUGGGUCAGUAUACGGAUGGUUAUUCCGGUAGCGAUAUAGCUGUUGUUGUGAAGGACGCAUUAAUGCAACCAAUUAGGAAAAUUCAGAUGGCUACUCAUUUUAAAAAUGUUUCUAAGGAUCCUAACAAGCAUAAACUAACUCCAUGUUCUCCGGGUGAUAAAGAUGCCGUAGAAAUGAGUUGGACAGAUAUCGACGCUGAUGAGUUAUUAGAACCUGGUUUAACUAUUAAAGAUUUCUUGAAGGCUAUAAAAACUUCAAGGCCUACGGUGAAUGACGAAGACCUAAAGAAGCAACAAGAAUUCACCAAAGAUUUCGGGCAAGAAGGUAACUAA